AUGCACGCACACCACAAAGCACAGUGUCAGAUCUCCCUGUCGCAAUGUCACCACCAGGUGUGCGAGACACCCGAGGGAGGAUUGAGGGGGGUGGCUGGAGAGGUGCGGCGCGGGCGAGCCCUGCGAUGUGCCCACUGCGGCAAGCGCGGGGCGUCCCUGGGAUGCCGCCUGGCCUCCUGCCACAGCUCGUUCCACGUGGCGUGCGCCCAGGCCGCGGGGGCCUCCUUCUUCCUGGGCAGCUUCCAGGUGGCAUGCAAGGCCCAUGCCAGGCUGUUUGGCGGGGAGCCCAGCGUGCCCAAGCUCCUGGGGCGCCAGCGGGAGCUGUCGUCGUCCGACGAGGAGCACCUGCGGUCCAGGGAGGCGCAGCGGGAAGAAAGGGAGAUCGCCAGCCUGCAGCCCGUCCUCCUGGGCGCCGAGCCCCAGGGCGAGGGCGAUGGUCUGUACACCCGACCCCUGACCACGUUUGCUGAUGUGGCGGGGAUGGAGGGCGUGAAGGCCGCGCUGCGAGAGAUGGUGCUCCUCCCCCUCCUGGCCCCCCAGGUCUUGCAAGACAUGGGCAUCUCCGCUCCGAGGCAGGGAAGGGAGAAGGCGGGGACAGGCAAGACCCUGAUCGUCAGGGCCCUGGCGGGCGAGUGCGCUGCGUUUGCGGCCUCGCGUGUCUCGCUCUUCGUCCGCAGCGGCGCCGACUGCCUGGGCAAGUUCCAUGGGGAGGCCGAGCGCACGCUGCGCCUCCUCUUCGAAGAGGCCACACGCCGCGCGCCCUCCAUCAUCUUCUUCGACGAACUGGACGCGCUGGCGCCCGCGCGCACCGCACGCCACGACUCCCCCUCCGACCAGACUUUUGCCUCUGUGGUUUCCACCCUGCUCUGCCUCAUGGAUGGGGUGGGCAACCGCGGCGCGGUGGUUGUGAUUGGCGCCACCAACUCGCCAGACAGCCUGGACCCGGCCCUGCGCCGCCCCGGUCGCUUCGACCGCGAGGUGGAAGUCGGCCUGCCAUCUUCGCGCGAGCGCCUCGGCGUCCUGCGUGCACACACCCGGCGCUGGCCGCAGCCGCCGGACCCCGAGCUGCUGUCCCGCCUGGCGGCCGCCACGCGCGGCUGGGCCGGCGCCGACCUGCAAGCGCUGGCGGCGGCCGCCGUCGUGCGCGCCGCGCGGCGCGCGCUGCCGCUGGACGCCGCGUUGGACGGCGGGGCGGCGCUUUGCGACGGGCUCGCCCCGCCGCGCGUCGAGGCGGGCGACUGGGAGGCUGCGCUGGCGGAGGCGCCGCCGCCCUGCGCUUGGCGGGCGGGUGGCGCGGCGGGCGGGCCGCGGGGGCCGCCGGAGGGCCUGCCGGCGGCGGCGGCGCGCUCGGUGCGCGCCGCGCUGCGCGCUGUGCACGCUGCGGCCGCGCUGCCGGUCGAGCUGAUGCCAUUCCUGGACUGUGAUCCGCCGGAGCUGCUGGCUGCGCUGGCGGGCGAGGGCGGGACGGACAAUUUGGAUCGAGACUUCAAUGGCCCAGGCCCAAACGGCUUGAGUCGACGAAGCCCUUUCGUACCUUCUGGGUCAGCUCUUUGCAGCUCCACGGACCUUCGACACUCUUUGCCGCCCCCUUGCAUCCGCCUGCUCCUCUGGGGCCCGGUGACGUCGGGCAGCGGGGGCGCCGGCGACGUCGCCGCUUGUCUUUUGGAGCUGUUCUGCCGCGACGCGGGAUUCGUCGUCCACGCCCUCACGCUCCCUUUGCUGAUCACCUCCGGCGACAGCCGCGGUGCCGAGGGCCUUGCGGCCGGCUUAGGGCCGGCCCUGCAGCCCCUGCUGCGCCCAGGCCUCCAGCAUCCCUCCCUGCUCCACCUCCCCGACCUCUCCGCCUGGGCCGUGGGCGACGAUGGCGAGGGGCUCGGCGCCUCACCGGCGUGGACGACCUUCGUCGUGGCCGUGCAGGGCGCGGCCAGGGGCACGCCGGCGCUGAUCCUAGCCACGGCGCGGGGCCCCGCAGACGCCCUGCCGCAUGAUGUCCAGGACUUCUUCGAUGUGCAGCUGCUGUGCCCGGGGUCGUCGAUGCGGGAAGGGGUUGUGCUGGCACACCCCGCUGGCCAAGAGGGCUGGUCCUCGCCACCAUCGCAACCAGCCACGGACGCCCCGGCCCACGAGGCGCUUCUGGCGGACAGCAGCCGCCCAACAGAUGGAAUGUCGGAGGAAGCAAUGCCUCGUGCACCUGCUUCGCAACUUCCUGAGCCUGUGACGCCAAACGUCACGACCAACGAGGCCGACCUGGCGGCCGGGCUGGCGCUCUACCAUGCGGAGCUUUCCUCCCUGCAGGAAGUGGGCUUGUGGCUGGCAAGGGACCCCCGGCUGGCCCUGCUCGAGGCCACGCCCGGCCGGCCAGAGCGGCAAAGGAGCAAGCGCAGGCGCGGCAUUACCCCGCCCAGCGUGCCGCGCGUGGCGCGCCGCUGCUGGCAGGGGCUCUAUGGCUCUGUGGAGGCUUUCCUGCUGGACUUCAGGGCUGCGGUCGCCGAGAUCCAUGCCACUCCAAGCGGCGGCGACUCCCACGGGUACUCGCCCCAGGUUGCCGCAGCAUGUGCCCUGGCAGACGAGGUCGAGCAGCGGUGCCACGAGAACAUGCAGAGCCUGGAGCUUGACAAUCCACACCUGCAGGCACUAAGGGCUGUGGGGGCCUGGGCUCGCUUGGAGGGCGUCAACCAGCCCAACCUCCUGCCUCAGGGCAGCGAGAUCAUCCCGCUCAUCGACGUCGCCAACUUCCUGACCGAGACCGAGGAGACGCGCAUGAGGGACAGGCUGCAGCACCUGGAAAAGGACACGGGAAUCAAAUUCCGCGUGCUGGCUCAGAACUACCCCGACACCCCAGGCCUGGCCAUCAAGGACUACUGGUCGGUGGAUGACAACACCGUGGUCCUGGUCGCAGACCCCACCUUUGGCAAUGUGCUCAACUUCAAUAUCGGCAUCAACAUCGACAGCUUCAUCCCACGGAACUUCUGGUCCAAGGUGGCCGGCAGGUUUGGGAACAAGUUUUAUGUGGAGGAGCAGGGUCGUGACGUGGCAAUCAUCAACGCUGUGGCCGCCGUCGACCACUGCCUGCGGGAACCCAUUGACCGGACGCAGUGCUCUGAGAUCCGGGGGGAGCUGGAGUGA